AUGAGAAAUCCCGCACUUGCGGCUCGGCUGCAGGGGCGCCUGUCUAUCGUCCUUUGGUGUCUUAGUCUGCAAGCAGCGCUCUUUGCAGGGCCUGCAGUCAGCAGCGCCGGCACCACCAUAGCCUGGGACAACUGCUCGGCACCUCUCUUGGUCACCGAGCCCAGCAGCGGCCAUCACGAAGUUGGCUUAUCCGUCUCACGCUCUGGGCCAGGGAAUGAGACGGAAACGGUGUGGUGGCAAGUCGUCGAUGCUCCCCACGCCGUCAACGAUGUGGCGAGUACGUCUGGCUCAGUCAUUUUUGCGCCCGGUCAGCUCAUGGCCACCGUAACUCUUGCCGUUUUGGCCGAUGCCGAGCCGGAGAUGACUGAGCUGCUGCAACUCGAACUGCUCAACAGCAGCCUGCCAGGCUCUAGCCUCGGCACUGCAUGCAAUGUUCGUUCCGUCUUCAUCUUGCCAAAUGGUUAUUCACAAGGCGUCCUCGUUCUUGAUCCCUCUGGCCUCUAUCGGGGCCAGGAAUCCAGGGGAGCAGCGGCCGUCAUCUCCGUGCCCGUGUACCGUUACGGUGGUGCCACAACACUUGCGGGCGCUGCGUUGCGUGUUGUCAACGGCUCUGCAGACUUUGUUUUUGUAGCUCCCACCUUUGCUUUGCCUGCUGGUACCAAUAGCACUGUGGUCUCCCUGUACGUGCGUGACGACGACUUGCCCGAAGACGAAGAACGGUUUGAGUUGCGACUCGAGUCUGGCGUCGAUGUCCUCAUUGACCCUCUUUUGAAUCAGGCCACAGCCCUGAUUGCCGCCUCUGACGGCGCGUAUGGCACGUUUGGCUUCGCCACCAGCCAGACUGUCGUUGGCAGCGAACCUGAAUCUGUGGCAGAGGCCGCCGCGCGCCCCAUUAAUCUUGCUGUGAACCGGACAGGUGGCGUAUACCGAGACAUCGCCCUUGCGUGGUCGUUGCGCGCCCUGUCCGAUAAUGUCAACGCCUCGGCUCAGUUUGUGCACACCAGCGGUACUCUUGUGGUGCCACAUGGGGCCAGAAACAGUACCCUACAGCUCUGGAUCCAGCCUGACGACGUCCCCGAGACCCUGCAACAGUUUGAGGUUAACCUCGAGAGCGCCAGCACCGGGGCAGAGCUCGAUGUCACGCGACGUCACGCUCGUGUGGAUAUUCUGGGUAACGAUGACGGCAUCGCCAUCGAUAUGCCCGAGCCGGCGCUCGAGGAGAGCGGCUGGAUCAAUCUUACCGUCGUGCGCACUGGUCUCUUGGCCUCUCCAGCCGUCGUGGCCUUUUCCACGCAUGCUGGUUCAGCCGAGCCCUAUCUGGACUACGUGGCCGUGAGCGGCAAUCUCACUUUUGCACCCAACGUCUCCAGCCAGCCCUUGGCCAUUCGGCUCAUCGAUGAUCCCGUCUUGGAACCCAGCGAGUUCUUUCAACUCCACAUGACCGUGCUCACCGGGGAGGUGGUGUUGAUAACGACACGUCUCAAUCUCACCAUCGCCCCCUCUGACGGAGCCGCGGGCGUUUUGGGCUUUGUUGAGCGCAACUCCCUAACCCUCGCGGAGGGGCAGGGGGUGGUGCUUAACGUUUCCCGCCGCAUCGUCGCUGCAAGCAGCAAUGUGGGCGCCAUCAGCGUGCGCUGGCGCCUUGAUCGCGCUGAUGGACAGGCCGUGCAGUCCUCGGAUUGGGUGCAAGUUGCGGGGGAGCUGAAUUUCGCCGACGGCGUAGACCAAGCCAGGCUGUUGCUGCAGUCCCUCAACGAUUCCCUCCCGGAACUGGACACGGAAUAUAGUCUCGUUUUGCACAGCGCGUCCCCUCCCGCCGUGCUCGGCUCGGUUGCGCGUCGUAGCCUGCUCAUUACCAUCCCAGCCAACGAUGACCCCUUUGGCACUCUUGUUCUGCAUGCAGGUCCUUCUCUGCAGGUUUCAGACUCUGCUCGCUUCCUGACCAUUAAUGUUACGCGCUCCAACCAUAGCCGAGGGGAUAUUGGGCUCUGGGCUCGCUGGGCGCGCAAUGGUGAGGUGCUGGCCAUCGUGGGUCCGCUAGUGCUCCCCGAAGCCCAGGCAGCCCCUCUUCAAGUGCAGCCUGCUUUGGCAGCACGUCAUCGCCUUGUGCCAGCCGAUCACCUUGAGCUGACCAUCAUCAACGUCACGGUAGUCGGGGUCUAUGCCGGCAGCCCUGCUGCUAUUCGAUUUCCCCCUCGUUUCGCAGAAGCCACGGCCAGCAGCUUUUAUCCUCUGAUUCCAGAGACAGCCGUGGCGGGGACGAUCCAAUUUGCGUUGAUGUCACGCGCCGUAAACGUCCGCGAAAUCGAGGGGGUGGAUGUGCCAGUGCAGUUACGGGUUGAGCGUGUCAAUGGCACCUUCACCUCUGUGACCUUGCCCUUUACCGUUUCCGGCAAUAAAGGCGAGGACGCGAGUAGUGACAUGAUGCCCACGAAUGGCUUCCUCACGUUUGGGCCUGGGCAGAGAAUGGCGCUUCUCAACCUCUCGCUAAUCGGAGAUGCCGAACCCGAGCUCGAGGAGAUUUUGACCGUCCAGCUGAGCCCGAUUCAAGGCGGGCAAGCCUUUCUAGGAUCCGACAACUCCUCAACCAUUGUGGUAGCACCGAGCGACGCACCAUACGGCCAGUUUGAGUUAAGUGCCGCCGUUCCGGCUACGCGCACCUUGGCCGAGGGAGAGGCUAUGGACUUGAUCGUUUUUCGUCAGGCCGGUGCCUUUGGUGACGUGGUUGUUGGGCUUGACUUUGAGCCAGUCGAGGCAGCAGCGCGCUUCGCGGUUACACCCCGGCAAUUAGCUUUUGAAGCUGGUGGCGCCACGGCGGCGAGUCGCCAGGGGCGCUUUGCGCUCGUGCGCAUGGAUGAUGAUGUACCAAACCCGACCGAGGUGGUGGUGGUCACCCUCAGAAUCAAUGCAACCGCCGGGCCCUCGGCCGACCUGGGCACUCACGUUGGUGUGACCGUCACCACGCCUCGGGCCGACAACUCCUCUGGCGUGUUUCGCUUUGCUGAUAGCGUGCUUGCCGUCACUACAGUGGACGAGGCCGUCGAUAGCAACACGAGCGUUGCUUUGAACGUGGCGCGCGAUGGGGGGCACUUUGGCACGGUCCUUCUUCCUUGGGUCCUAGUGCAAUGCCCGAAUACAGAUGCUACGCAGUGUGCCGUGGACGCAUUUGGUGAUGCUGUAAACGAUUUUGCGGCGACUUCUGGUGUGCUGCGCGUGGAGGACGGUGCCACGGCAGCCGACCUGUCUUUGGUUGUCUUACACGAUCGUGUGCCCGAGGACAAUGAGUUGUUUCGUGUCACCUUGUUUGAUGCCAGCACCGACCCUGAGGCUGGACGCGUUGGUGUGCGGCGCCAUGCUUUUAUUUUGGUACCCAGCAAUGACCCACUGCUGGCUUUUGACACUCUCAGGAUGGAGGUCAGGGAGGAGAUCGGCCAGUUUGCAGUGCCGAUCGUGCGCACGGGCAAUACGGCGCAAAAUCUUCCUUUAAAUUUGUCGCUUCCCGCCUCGGCACCUCUGCGCCUGGUGGAUGGAGCCCCUUUUGUCCUGCCCAGUAAUGUGACCAGAAUCAACGCGACCUUUGCCAUUGACGACAAUUCUUUCCCAGAGCCUCGUCGUGAGGUUUUGGUCUCGCUCUUUCCAUCCAUGGGCUUUGACUACAUGGUGGAUCCUUUGGCUGAUGUAGUUGUUGUCGCCGUGGCCGCCAGUGAUGGGAUUGGGGGAUCUUUUGCCUUGGUCAACGCGAGCGCCUCGGCAACCCAGCCUCAGGUUUUAUCUGAGAGCGAUACCAUGAAUGUGACAAUUCGACGGAGCGGUCCCGCCUUUGGCGACGUGAUGGUGGCUUGGCAGGUGGCUGACAACUGUACCUCUGACGUUGCUCCCACUUCAGGGCAGGUCUUGUUUGCAGAGAACCAGACCGCGGCCAACAUCAGUUUUGUCAUUCUUGCCGAUGGUGUGCCGGAGCUCGCUGAAAAGUGCACCGUGUCUUUAAAGACGGCUAUUCCGGCUGACAUUCAAUACGCCAGCGUAAAUCUCGAUACCACUGGGAUGGUGUUUGAGAUCUCCGCCUCUGACCAUCCGCACGGCGUUUUUGGCGUCAUGUCAACCGUUCUGAAUGUGACUGAGGGUCGGUUGCUCUCUGUGCCCAUUGCACGCUUCUACGGGGCUUUCGGGGCGAUUCGAGUUCAAUACCGCCUUGAGCCUCUGCAGAACGCCAUCAUAGCUGAACACUUCUCGGCGGCCGAAGGCGCGCUUGUUUUUGAGGAGGGUGAGGUGCAGAAGGAUUUCACGCUGCUGGCCGUGGAUGAUGCCGUUCCAGAGUUGGCCGCAAGUUUCUUGUUGGUGCUGGAGGCAGAUCCGCCAGCUCAAGUGGCGGAGAACGCCAGCUCGGUCCAGCUAGAUGUGGCCGAGUCUGAUGAGCCUCACGGUCGAUUUGUACUUGAGCCACGCAGCCUCAAUCUGACUGAGGGACAGAUCUUCAAUUUGACUAUUCUUCGUGAGCAAGGUGCCUACGGUGCAGUGUCGGUGGAGGUGAGCUGGCAGAGCUGCUUGACCAGUGUUCCUUUGAUCCCAUGUCGACUUCAAAACUUGAGCGUGGGGUCUGAGGACAUAUCUCCUCUCACGACAACGAUUCACUUUGAAGAGGGCGAGCGCGUGCGGGAGAUCACGUUUAGCGUUCUGGAUGACAGCGAGCCAGAGUUGUGGCAGCUGCACGAGCUGCGACUCAGUGCCGAGGGUGCUGCUGUGGCAUCGGACAGGGCCACAUCUCAAAUUGCCAUCGCCGCCAAUGAUGCGCCCUUUGGCACCUUUUCACUGCAUUUUUUGCAAGGCGCUCAGGCGGGGCGCGUGGCAGAAGGCGCAUUCGUGCAGCUUGUGAUUGAGCGCACCAGCUUUCUUGCCGGUGCGGUGAGCGUUCAGCUGGCGGUCACAUAUGGCACGGCUGAUGCCGAAGACUUGGCAAGCUUUCCCACGUCCUUCGACUUUGGUCCCACGGAAGCCUUCAAGACAGUCACGGUUCAGAUUGUCGACGACGAGAUCCCCGAGGACGAAGAAUUCUUCCAAAUCCACCUCGAUGCGCUCGCCCCGAGUGGCUUGAGUCGAUUGGAUACGCAGCAUCAGGCCGUCAAUGUCAGCAUUCUGCCCUCUGAUGACCCCUUUGGCGUGUUCGGGUUUAGCAAUGCUUCUCUUGAUCUCGUCGUGCAGGAAGGUGUUCGGGUGCCACUGGUGAUUGAGCGUACUCGAGGCACAUUCCGUACCGCUUACCUAGGCUGGCAGUUCCGCGCCAGUGCGGACACCGUCUUGGGUGAUUUUGACCGUUUUUCAGGAACGGUCAUCAUCCCGGCCGGCGAGGCGCGCGCCGAGGUUAACCUCUCCACUAUUCAGGAUGAUGUUCCCGAGCUCAGCGAGGACUUUGUGGUGGAAAUUUACGUUGGGAACCUCGGCACUGGUGAGGCCGUGACCUUGGGUCCGGACGCGGCGACUACCAUCACUAUAGCCGGAAAUGGCGAUCCGUAUGGGUACUUUCAACUGCGUCGGGAGACUGUGUAUGUGGACGAGCCAAAGAGCAGCGAGGCGCCCACGGUGGUUCAGGCCUGGGUCGAUCGAGUCGGUGGAGCGUUUGGAGAGGUUGCUCUCUGGCUGGGGCAUGCGACUUCAAGCACCGUCGACGUUGGUGCAGAUGUGACGGCCAACUGGACGCAGCCCGUCGUGUUUGCUCCCAACCAGACGAGCGCCGCCUUUCGUGUCGCUGUCUGGCCAGACGAUGAACCGGAAGUUGGGGAGCGCUUGGUGCUGAUCAUUACCAACGCGACCCUGCUUUCAUCCGCGCUGGACGAGGUGCACAAUCCACAACCUCGCAUCAAUGUUCUUCGGAAUACGUCGGUGGUUAUACGCGAGAACGAUGAUGCGCGUGGCGUGUUGCAGUUCUCAGACAACACGCCUCUCAUCAUUCCCGGCACUGAAGGUAGCGUGGUGGCCUUGAACGUCUCGCGUCAUGCCGGUGCGUUUGGUGAAGUGAACAUUUCGCUGGCAGCCGUCAUUCCCGGUGCAUGCAAUUUUGAGCUGUGCGCCAUUCCAGGCCGCGACUUUGACAUCUUGUCGAUCACAGCUACUCUGGCAGCCAACCAGCGCUGGGUUCUGGUGAAUGUGUCCUUGCUCGAAGAUUCAGAGCCAGAGCUCGCAGAAAUGGCCUUUGUUCUUCUGGGUCUCGGUGCAGGCAGCCAAGCACGUCUUGGGACGCGAACGCUUCAACAAAUUGAGAUUGCUGCUUCGGACGACCCAUAUGGGCGCUUUGGACACGCCAGCACCGAGGCGCUGCUUGUACACGAGGAUGCCGAUGGUUCUCGGCAACUCGAACUACUUGUACGGCGCGAGGGUGGUACUCGGGGUACCACGCAUGUGGACUGGGUUUUGCGUACCCAUGAUCAGCUUGACCUGCCCGGCAAUUUGGCACCGCAUGCAGGUACCUUGAUCUUCCCGGCAGCUGGUGCGGAGUCCAUGGUGUUGCGGCUGAAUGUAACGGAUGACAGUCUGCCUUCUCUAUACAACAAUGUCUCGGUCCAACUCUUGGCCGUGCAUGGUGGUGGGCGUUUGACACCAGGUCGGGUCAAUCGAACAGUGACCCUCCUCGAGUCAGAUGCACCUCAUGGGGCCCUCUGUUUUGAAGAGGACUCCAUCGUGUACCAUCCACCAUCCAGCGAGCGUAAGGAAGCUGGGCAGGUGCUCUUGACCGUUCUUCGUCAGGGUGGUCUCUUUGGUGAGCUGCAGGUUACCGUGCGCGUAUCAGCACCCGUUGCCCAAACCCUCGCGCCGUGGCUUAACGCUUCGCAAAAGGCGGGGGUGGUGGCAGAUGUGUUUACACUGUUGUCUGAAGCCACGCUCGACGCAGACGCCUCUGGUAGCAUGGGACCCAGCCUUUUGAAUACUUUCAACCUUGAAAGCGAAUGGGCCUGUCCAUGGGCAUGCCUCGAAUUUACUGGGUGCAUGGCUGCAGUUGUCCUUCGGAACCUAGGAGUAUGUGAACUGUAUGGUAAUGUGUCCCAAGCAACAGCGCCGGUGGUGGCGCUGGCAACGGCACAACUAUACGUUCUGAAGCAUGAGGGGUCCCAAGCGCUGGCCUCGCGUGUGGCUUUGCCAGGAGCCGAUUUAGUUGCCGAGCUCACAGUGCUGGUACCCGCAGACACCAGCACGGUGCCGAUUGCGCUCACUGUCUUUGAAGAUGCGCUGCCAGAGCUAAGCGAGUUUGCGUUGGUGGAGAUGGUUGAUGUGGUCUUAUUGGACGACUUUGUGCAGCCCAUGGCACCAGUGUUGUGCGAAGGGGCCAGCGUGCUGGUUGAGCUAGGCGCUAACGAUUUUCCUCGCGGCCUUUUGAGCAUUGAGGCGGAUCGGUCCGAGCUUACGGAGGGCGGCGCAGCUGCUGUCGUCACGGUGCUUCGCAAAGAGGGCUGGUACGGCGAUCAGCUGCUGUAUUUGACGGUGGAUGAGGCGCACCGUGAUGAUGUGAUGGUUCCCAGCAGCGUGGCUUUGAUGGAGGGACAAAGCCAAGUCACCUUCCGGGUGACGGCGCUGGACGAUGACAUUCCUGAGCUUGAUGAGGAAAUCGGGCUUUCGGUGAGCCAGGUUGAUGGCGGCGCCAUCCUGACCAAUGCAACAACGCUGAGCUUUAAGAUCUUGGGCAAUGACUUGGCGGCGGGCACUUUCCAAUGGGCCAUUUCUGAGGCCCAGGUGAGCGAGCCUCUGACAGCGGAGGCCAUCACACAGCUGGACGUGCCCAUCUUGCGUACAGGCUUGCAAGCAGGCAUGGUCGAGGUGGACUGGAUGCUGGAUAUGAUGAUGAGCGCGCGCACAAUCUUGCCCACAAGCGGCACGGUUUCCUUUGGUGCCGAGCAGACUGUGGCAUAUGUACGAUUGGAGCUCCACAAUGAUCUCGUGGCUCAACUCGCUGAACAAGUCUCGAUUCGUCUACAGAAUCUGUCGACCUCGGCUGCUACGCUGAGUGCGGUCGGAACUGAGGCCUCUAUCCAUGUGGCCAGUGAUCAAAACGUGUACGGAAGUUUUGCAUUCGCUGAUGCAUCGACUGUGGUCGAGGAAGUGAUCGGCCCCCUUCCCUUUGCCAUUCAGCGUUCUGGGGGGCUCUUUGGGCGCGUUUUGGUAUUAGUCUCGGCAAUUGGCGGGACUGCUACGCCCAAUGUAGAUUUCGUAGCCGAGCAGUUUGAAAUCUAUUUUGAGGAGGGGCAGCGCGUGGAGUUUGUCAAUGUCACAUUGAUCAAUGAUGACAUCCCAGAGCUGGCUGAAGACUUUUCUCUCGUCAUUGACCAGGUUACGCUCGUUGAUGAGACUUACCCGCCCAGCAACACCACCCCGGCUGCCUCAGCAACUCCUUUGGGCAUCACGAUUGAUGUGAAUGACGAUGCCAACGGCGUGUUCGGCUUUGUAUCUGCUGGCCUCGUGGAGACGACGGAGGGCGCCGUUGUCUCUCUUCAAGUUUCACGCUCUGCCGGCACCUUUGGGACUACCAAUAUUCCGGUGACUCUGAGUGUGGCGGGGCAGGAAAAUCCAGCGACCCUCGCGUCCGACGUCCAGCUUCACACAACCAGUCAUUCACCAUUGUUCUUCUUUGCCACCAGCAUCACGUUUUCUGAGGGAGCGGUUCUCAUGACAAUCAACCUUACCAUUCUCGACGAUCAGAUCCCUGAGUUUGCGGAAACGUUUGUCAUCCAACUGGGCCCUCCCUCUCAUGGCGUCUUGGGAACACGCGCUCAGGUUCUGGUUCGGAUUGCCGAAAGCGGUUAUCCGCGUGGUCUGUUGCACUUUGAGAAUACGGCCAAUCAGACAAUCACGGAAGAUGAGACGCGCAACUCGUCUCUGCCUAUUGCAAUCAGCCGCGCACCAGGGCGCUUGACAAAUGUGCUGGUGGUUUGUGAGGUCGAGCGACUCGAAGCCAAUGGAGAGCUAUCUUCGGCCUCUGACGUAACCAUCAGUCCACCGUCAUUGGUGUUGCGUGAAAACGAGGUUCUUGGCGAGUUUGUCGUCACUGUUUGGGCCGACCAGAUUCCAGAGGUCGCAACAUACUAUCGCCUGAGCCUGCGGAGCGCUGAUGCCCCCGUGGCCGCCGAGGGCUCGCAUAUCUGGGUUCUUGUCCCAAGCAAUGACGAUGCGCAUGGCAUCUUCCACCUGUCUGCCUCUGAGGUCAUUUUAAACGAGACCGGCAUACCCGCCAGCUGGGUCAUCACGCGCGCCGGUAUACUCGAUCAAGCGCAGCUUGUGCGCCUGGGCGACAACAUGAACUCACUCAUCAUUGAAGCUUUGCCCACCCGAGGGGCCACUUCAGUAUCCAUCUGCGGUCGGCGCAUGUUGUGGACGGAUGCCAGGCAAAACAUCGCCCAGAUGACGACGAUCGGGGGCUUGGUGCUGCAUAACUUUAGCACCGACGGUACCCCGACUUGGCUCUGUGCUGGUUCCCUGGCUGCGCUAGUCGAUCGUGGGGACACUCGUAUGAUUGUCUUGGAGACUGGCGCAGUCGCUGGUGCCCUAGGCACGCCGGUCGAUCAUGUCUUUGUUUUCAACCAAAGUAUCUUUGUGUUGAGCAGCAGUGAAGUCGAUGGGCUUCGAGUGGGCAAGCUAUCGGAGUCUUUCCAAGUCGAAUGGCUGAUGGGCCGGCUUUGUGCGGAGCUAAUCCAUCCCACCGUGAGCCACUUGGUCACUCGUCCAUCGGAAAUAUUGCUGCAGUGCCAUGGCAUUGCCUCCCUGCAUCGUGUGUGGCUGGCUGAUAAUCGUACAGAUAUUCCACUUACUGGUGGCACGAUUAGGUUUGCGCCUGAUCAGGCAACUGCCACCAUCACUUUGCCCAUUGUGGAUGACGAUACACCUGAAUUGGCAGAGGCAUUCAACAUCUCACUACGCGCUGCUUCGGGUGGUGCCCGCGUGGCUACGUCAAAUGCCAGCACUGAAUUUGAAGUGGCAGCAUCCGAUGCCUGGGCAGGUGCCUUCUCCUUAGUAGCCAGUGAUCUGGAGCGUAUCGUGGCCGAGGAAGACAGCGGCCCGAGUCUCGUGGUGUAUCACGUUUUCCGCGAACAGGGGGCGCUCGUGGAGGCUGUCGUGACCUGGCACGUUGAGCCAGCAAACACGUCUGACUUUGCACAAACUCAGGGCCAGUUGGUGUUCCCGCGAGGGGUGGCCGAGGCCACGUUUGUGCUUACCGUUUUGUCCGAUGAGAUGCCCGAAGGGGCUGAACAUUUCCGGAUCUCUAUCUCUGUUUUGACGCCUUUGUUGGGCGCGGAAGUGCGUCAAGGCACGGGACAGCUGACAGUGGCCGGCAACGAUGGGGCGUAUGGCACGGUCGACUACAUCUUGCAAAGUCACCACCAGGAUCAAACGCUCAGGGAGGGAGAUGAGGUGCAGGUGCUUUUGCUGCGCUCUGGCCCACUUGAUCGCAUCCUCGUUGCACGGAUGGUCGCUGUUGCCUUGAACGGGUCCGCCUUUGACUCUGCCACGGAUCUGGACUGUGGCCUCGUGGACGGUGUUGUGGUGCUCCCGGCCAGCGUCGCAAAUGUAUCGGUGACCUGCACCGUGACAGCGGACGGUAUUCCAGAGGAGACCGAGGCCUUUGCUUUGGCCGUGACAGAGGUCGAUGUAGCCAACCGUUUGGCCUGGGAUGAUCCCACCUCGCCGCGGCUGGCACCGACGGCAGCAGCGCUGCAUUUUCGCAUCGCAGCCAACGACAACGCCAGUGGCGUGCUGGCGUUUGACGUUGGGCUGGCCGCCGUGCUCAACGUUUCCGAGGCAUAUAAUGAGACGACGUUCCUUCGGCUGCCCGUACAUCGCACUGCUGGCGCUUUCGGGCACAUCGCCGUGCCCUUUACCUUCAGCAAUGUGUCUACCUCUGUGCUGUACGCACAGUCCCCAUCACCCCUGUCCUUUGCUGACGGAGAACGCACACGGGACAUUAUCCUGGCCGUGCCUGCCGACCACCUGCCCGAGGCUGCUGCGCUUGUGCAUGUGCAUCUGGGACAACCGACCGGCGGCUUUGCUGAUAGUCCACCCUUACUUGCAGCAGAUCCGCGCACAAUCGAGCGCACGAUCCACGUGGCAGAAAGCGAUGCCUAUCGCGGUGCGUUCCGGUUGAGCCUGGAUCACGAGAGCACCGCUGUUCGCGGGGGGCAGUCGCUUAACCUUACCAUUCAUCGUGAUGCCGGAACUUUUGGAAUGCUGACCUUGCAACUUACAACCGUGCCCUUGAGUGUUUAUCCUUGGACUCUAACCCAAGGCAGCGGCCUGUCGCCCGAGCGUUUGAAUGUGACAUUUGUCGAUGGUCAAUCAAUGCAGGAGGUGCAAUUUCACGUUCACGACGAUGGCCUCCCCGAGGUCGACGAGUGUUAUGCGCUUGUGCUAUCCGUGGCCGAUGCCGCAGGGAUACCGGUCGGCUGGUCGUUUAAUCUCUCGCAUUCGCGCGUGGAAGUGUGCGUUGCCCCCUCCGAUGACGCCAAUGGCGUCUUUGGGUUUGAGACGACACACAUCGACGUGGUCGAGCCAUCAUUGGGCACGGUGCCUGUGCUUCUGAACGUAACGCGCCGAGGUGGCGCCUUUGGCAGCGUGAGCCUUGGCUGGCACGUGUAUCUCUGUGACGCUUCCAGCGAUGCGGAUCAAACCACGGGCUGCGCGCGCUCCCAAGCCACUCGGGAAGACUUGGGCACGGACACAGAGCUCUCCGGCCAGUUGAGCUUUGCGGAGAACGAAACAAGUCAUUUGAUUGAGCUAACAAUCCGGGCUGAUGCGCGGGUGGAGGGCGCGGAACGAUUCACGGUGGAGCUGACGCUACGAUCCAGCGUGGUAGAGGGAGGUCUGGCGUUCAGCCGCACCAAUGCGACCGUCCUCAUUGCCGCAUCCAACUUUGGCAACGGCAUAGUCACCGUCUCGCCUGCCUCGGCAUCUGUCGUGGUGGCCGAGGGUACAGCUCGGGUCUUGGGGCUUCGACGAUCGGCCGGAUUCGGGCGCGUCGUGUGCGCCCUGGAGCUGACGGCAAUGGAUACGGAAUCUGAAAGCCUCAAUGCAAGCCGCUUUCUAUUUACUCCUUCACAGUUGGUUCUGGAGGAUGGGCAACUGGAGGCUUCAACCACACUGCUUGUGGCUGAUGACGACGUGCCCGAGCUCGAGUCUACCUGGGUGUUUGCCACCAGAGUUGUCGCUGGAGGGGCGGUGCUGGGUCGCAGUUCGCACAUCAACGUGACUAUUCCAGCCAAUGACGAUCCCUACGGGGUCUUCAACCUGACAUCGGCUGUCCUAUCAACAGUCCACAUCCGGGAGCGCCGGCGCUUGCUCAGUGGCACAAUUCAGCGUUUGGCAGGAUUGUCGGGCGCGGUCGACGUCAAAGUGCAAUUCACCUUGGAAAGCACCUUGCCUGACGCUGCUGCGCGCGCUGCUGACUGGACCAACUGCAGCACUUGCUGGAUAUCAUUCGAGGAAGGUCGUGCCAGCUUGUCCUUUGCCAAUUUGGUCUUGCCUUUAGCACGUCUCUACCGUGGUGAUCGGCUACACGUGCAGCUGCGUCCCGUGCGUCGAGCCAAUGGCGCGGCACUGCCCGUUCUUGGCACGGGCGUGAUAUUGACGGCAACCGCGUUGGAUUCCAAUCUGGGGCUACAAGUUGGCUUUGAGACAGCGGCCACACGAGAGGGGGAGACGACACGGUUACGUGUCGACCGGCUCGGCGUUGUGGGUGGCUUGCAAGCACAGCUUGCAAGUGCCGCCAUCCCACGGGAGCUUUCGGUGCCCUCCCUGCUCGUGACGCUAGCCAACAAUGUCGAUGUGGUCGUGGUAGAUGUGGCGGUGUUGGCAGAUGGCGUCCCCGAGUUGAACGAGUCAGUGUCUGUUGAGUUGUCCGACAUUGUGGCCACCGGAGACGAUCUGGUGGUGUUCUCGUCCAGCGCUGCCAUAACCAUCUUGGCCAACGAUAAUCCUGGCGGACGCUUUGGCUUCUCCCAAACGGUGCUGAGUGCGGCCGAGGGCAAGCAGGUCGAGCUAACCAUCGUGCGGGAAGAUGGCGCACUUCUUGACAUGGUGGCAGAUUUGGUUUGGCCAGCUGAGCUGCUCUCACAGCUUCUGGACACGGGCAUCCCAUCGCGGAUGGCCCUUGCCUUCCCCUCAGGCGAGGAUCGCGUCACCAUCGCGUUUACGGUAGCAGCAGACGGUGUGCCCGAGGAGGCUGCAUCGUUCGACUUGAUCUUGGCGCUGAAUCAGAGCUCUGACUUGGCGGUGGUGAAUGCAGAUCUUGGCUCAUGUCGCGUGGAUGUCCCCGCGAGCGAUGAUCCUUAUGGCCGCGUCGGAUUUAGCUCGCCCGAGUUGACAGUGUCGGAGGAUGACGGUCAACGCGCUCUCGUGAUCCGGCGGAGCGGAGGCUUGCUCCGCGACGUUGGGAUCUCCGUGGUUGUCGUCGCCUUUGAUGGUUCCAACCCAGAUAGCGGCAGUGGCCAACCCGACUUCCAGAUUGUGCCACAACACGUCGAAUUUGCCGCUGGCCAGCGUGAAGCGGCCGUGUUGCUGGUGCUGCGCCCUGACGACGAGCCCGAAGAUGCUGAGAUGUUGACGCUUGAGUUGACGAGCGCUGAGAACGGUGUCAACAUCAAUGCCUCCGCUGCGACGAUGCAAGUGACGAUUGCGGCCAACGACCGGGCCUACGGGGAGUUUACCAUAUUCGGCGCGGACGGCACUUGUGAUGAGGGCGGCACCGCCGCGUUUGAGGUGAGGCGGGCGGGCGGCCUGUUUGGCACGGUGGUCUUGGAUUGGAGCGUUGUCGCACAAUCGGCUCGCCAGUCUGACUUGGCGCCAUCGAGCGGUAACCUGACAUUUGGCUCCGGGCAGGCGACAGCAACGCUGCAGUUGCUAUGCGUUGAUGACUUGGAGCCCGAGGUAGAUGAGCGCUUUGCGGUUCAGAUCACCGUUUCCAUGACCGGCGCUCCGGGCACGAUCGCACUGAGCGGGGGCCGGGCUAACGGCCUGAUUCGUGCAAAUGACGUGCCGGCGGGUCGUCUCGCAUUUGCUUGCUUGGACCGGCUUCGCCUGGCCGAUACACGAUUUAACAACACGUUGACGCUCACCGUCGAACGUAUUGGCGGCGCUCUGCUUCCCAUUGAGGCAAGCGUCCGCGUGAGCACCGCUGGCGCUGUGGCGGCUGAGCGGGUCGCCCCUUUGCCCCCUAGCCUAACGCUCGGCGUGGGGGUGACCAGUGCAAGCCUGCGUGUGCACAUCCAAACGGGCACAGCCGGUCAGGUAACGAUAAAGCUCGGGUCGGAUGCGAUAGCCACAAUCCUUUUGUAUCCCGAUGAGGCAGCUCGAGGAGCGUUGCAAGAUCUGGCGGGGUCCUACUGUGCAGCGAGCGAGGGGGGUGGUCUCGGUGAUGAUGAUGCUCAGGCGUUGCCACAGCCAAGCCAUGCGCUCCGAACGGUCGAGCUUGAAGGUUACGCGACAGCUCUCAGUUUGCUGGUAGCGCAGGUCGCUGAGGCGUCAGCGACGGAAUUGGCAGUCGUGCACGCCGAGGUGGCCCGCAUCGUGGACGUGGUCCUCGCAGCCCGUUUGGUUUCAUCUGCCUCCACAGCAGGCAUCAUCGCUGCUUUGGAGUCGUACACCCGCGCACGUCUGGCGCGCCUCAACGCCACGGCUUGUGGCACCAGCACGGCGGAGGAGUGUCAACAACCAAUGCCGUGGCGACUAAUGGCAGCUCCUGCGGACAUGUGGGUGCACUUGUUUUUGACCGUGCCACUCUUUUCCCAACGGCUGACUCUGUGUUCCUGA